AACUCCUCAUCCUCACUACCAACCAAGGCACUUUCUCGCCUCCCCCGUCUUCGCCCCCUUCUUUUCUCUCUCUCUCUCUCUCUCUCUCUCUCUCUCUCUCUCUCUCUCUCUGUAAGUUGCCAAAUCGCAGCUGCAGCAACAACCGAUCCAAUACAUACUAGGUUCCAUUGCAUCACACAUCAGUCACUCCAAACCAUCAAAUCACACACCCAUCAGAUCACAAAGGCAAAGAGGAGAGAGAGAGAAAGAGGGAUGAUGAGGACGACGAUGAGAGAGAGAUACUACUAAACUAUCUAUCCAUCAAUCAAUCAGGUAGCCCGGCAGCAAUCGCGUGCCGCCUUUCCACUCACGUACACCACCACCUCCCAGGCUCAGCUCGGUUCGUUCGUUGCCGCGUCAAAUCGGGACAAGAAGCCAGCCGGACCUGUUGCAGUGUUGCUUCGCCUGCCCUGCUGCUGUUGCUUGCGCCACGCACGCACGUACCUGAAGAAAGCAGCGACGGAUUGAUCGACCGGUGGUUCGCUGUCGCCACGGCCGGCAUGUCGUCCUCGUCCUCGUCCUCGUCGUCCUCCGCCGCCACGGUGUUCCCGCGGUCCCCGCAGCUGCCGCCUCCGGUCCUGGUGGAGAACGGCCUCACGCCGCUGCAUCAGCUUACGCCGGUAGCCGCGGCCGCGCCGGCCGCCGAGCAGCUCUGCUACGUGCACUGCUACUUCUGCGACACCGUCCUCGUCGUGAGCGUGCCUACGAGCAGCUUGUUCAAGACGGUGACGGUACGAUGCGGCCACUGCAGCAGCUUGCUCACCGUCGACAUGAGGGGCCUCCUCUUCCCGGGCACGCCGACGGACACGGUCGCGGGGGCCGCACCACCACCAGCUGCUGACACUAGUACGACUACCACCACCAUCACCACGGCGCCGCCGCCGGCCAACUCGGUCAACAACGGGCAGUUCCACCUCCCCCACUCGCUCAACCACCCUCACCACCAAUCCCUCCUGGUGGACGAGAUAUCCAGCGCCGCGAACCCGAGCCUGCAGUUGCAGCUGGAGCAGCACGGCGGCCUCGGCGGCCUGAUACUCGGCGGCAGCAGGAACACGGCCGCGCCGCCUCCGCCGCAGCCGCCUGCAGCGGGUAAAGGGGCCAAAGAGCCGUCGCCGCGCGCUAAUCCCGCCGUCAACAGACCUCCGGAGAAGAGGCAGCGCGUGCCGUCGGCCUACAACCGCUUCAUCAAGGACGAAAUCCAACGCAUCAAGGCUGGCAAUCCCAACAUCUCGCACAGGGAGGCCUUCAGCGCGGCGGCCAAGAACUGGGCGCACUUUCCACAUAUCCACUUUGGACUCAUGCCGGAUCACCAGGGGCUCAAGACGACAAGCCUGCUACCUCAGGAUCACCAGAGAAAGGACGGGCUUCUUAAGGAAGGGCUCUACGCGGCGGCGGCGGCGGCCGCAGCUCAUGCGGCAGCCAACAUGGGGAUUGCUCCAUACUAAUUAAUUUACAAUUACUCCUCCUCAAGCUUGCUACUGAUGGUACCUUGCUUCCGAGAAUCUCCCUUCUUUACAUUAGCUUGUUAAACGUUCCAAAUCACGUAUGUUCCUUC